AAACAAUCUCGGCUUUCCCUUCCACCACUUCUUCACUUCCUUCUUCCUCCAUCCACCAGUGGGAAAUAUUCGAAAAUCAAAGCAAGAGAAGAGAAGAGAAGAGAAGAGAAUGGCUUUAAGCUUCGAAGAAACAAACUUGUUAUAUUCACAACUGAGAUCAGAGCAAAUACCAUUCGAUGAAAUCGUCACGGAGUUUCUCAACAAAAUCAAUCGCUCUCGCUCUUCCCCUCUUUCCGCCUCUCUCUUGCUCCUCUUACAGAAUAAGAAGAUGCUGAAGUCUACGGAACGGUUAAUUGCGUUUGCGAUUCUUUAUCAGACUUAUUCAUCGCAGCCGACUUCCGCAAAUCCGUAUGUGGCUUUGUUUAUCAAUGCUGCUUGUGAUGAGGACGCGGAAAAAUAUGAGAGGGCGUUUGUUCUUCAGUUGUUAGCCUCUGGUGGCUCCGGCGGUAGCAAAGAGUUUCUUAAACAGUCAGCUGCGAAUUACAUCAAACUUUUUGAUCCUUCAGUCCAUGCUUUCCCAUCACGUGAACAAUUGCAGCAUCAAUAUUCUGAUAAAGUCCAUCCUGAAGCACAUAAUUCCAUAUUUAAAAACGAUUCGCUGAAAAAUAUAGUGCCAGAUCCAGAUGUACCCCGUGGUUGUGAUGCAAAUUCACCAGAGUUUGAUUUGCAACCUGGAGCAAAACCUAAACUUGGAUCUGGAGAUAGAGAUGAGGCUCUGCUUGGAUUGUUGGCAAACUUGUCAACAGAGGGAAUUGGUCAUCAAUGGAUCAGGCCUCGACCACCGAGAUUGCCGAUACAAGAUGGCGAACUAGUGUGGCUCAAUCCCGAUAGCAAUCAUGAGCUUGUAUGGGAUCAUGGGAUGUGUGCUGAUACUAGCAAGGGAGCAGCUGUUAGGGACUUGAUUGCAAAAGCCCUGAAGGGACCUCUCGCCCCUGCUCAACAGGAGCAAGUCUUGGUGGAAUUGACUAAUGACCCAAAGCUUGUAUAUCACUGUGGACUGGCACCAAGGAAGUUACCUGAAUUGGUGGAGAACAAUCCCCUUAUUGCAGUUGAAGUUCUUACAAAGUUGAUAAAUUCUCCUGAAAUUGCAGAUUACUUCACAGUUCUUGUCAAUAUGGACAUGAGUCUACAUUCAAUGGAAGUUGUGAACCGGCUUACAACAGCAGUUGAACUUCCAAAGGAGUUUGUUCGGAUGUACAUAACUAAUUGUAUUUCAUCUUGUGAAAAUAUCAAGGAUAAAUACAUGCAGAACCGACUUGUCAGACUUGUUUGUGUUUUCCUGCAGAGUCUGAUCCGAAACAGAAUUAUUGAUGUUAAGGAUCUCUUCAUUGAAGUCCAAGCGUUUUGCAUUGAGUUUUCACGGAUUAGAGAAGCAGCUGCUUUAUUUAGACUCCUUAAGACCUUGGAAUGAAUGGUCCGUUUGUAUUCCUCAUGCUACGCACUUCUUUCCCUUUAGUUCGCAGUUAGAAUUUUCGUCUUCCUUUUGUAGAUAAUGAAUCCAUUCUUCCUUUAUAUUCUAGUUAGUGCACCCAACUUUUCUUUAUGACUUGCUUUACUGUGCGACUUCUGAUUUACAAGGAAUGGAUUGAGAUUUUGUUUGGAUAAA